AUGCGUGUCCUUAUUACCCUUUGUCUUCUGGCCGUAGCUAACGCUGAGCGGUCUGGAUACAACUACCAGCCCGCUGAACCAGCCAUCUCCGGUUUGCCUUACACGUCCAGCAAUAUUGGCCAAAACCAAGCAAACUAUAUACCACCUGCGGAAACAGGACCAAUCAACCGAGAACCGCUAAUCUCUGGUGGACCGACUCCUGCCGAGCAGUCAUACCAAUCGCCGCCCGAGCUGCUAAAGGAGUUUUUCACGUAUGCCGCAGACGAGCGUGAUUUCCAGGAACCGAUCAACCACGAUCAGCUUUCGAGAAGUCUUCGCAGGAAUCUGCGCGUCUUGUUCAUCAAGGGACCGGAAUACAAUGGAAUCGAGGAUGCUGCCCUAUCCCUGUCCAGACAGGCUGCUGAGCAGCAAACGGCCAUCUACGUUCUGAGCAAGCAGGCCGACAUAAACGAUCUCGGCAACAAGUUGAACAACCUUCGCACCAACAACUACCAGAGGCCGCAGGUGCACUUCGUCAAGUACCGCACUCCCGAAGAUGCUAUCAAUGCCCAGCGCGCUAUUCAGGGCCAAUACGACCAGCUGGGCGGUGUUUCCACUCACCAGAAUGGAGGCGUCGCACCUGUCCUAAACUUUGCCUCCAAGACACCCGUUCCAGACAUACCAGCUGUGCAAGAGCCCGCUAACACGUACCUCCCCGCAUCGCUGCUGCGUAGCCGGGCUUAGGAGUGGACUUGAGCAAAACCAUCCAAGCCCCCAGACUGACCAUAACUGA